AUGGGUCGAUUUGCCAUGAUGCUGUACUUUCUCGUCGGUUGUUAUGGAAGUUGCAUCGGGCAGACAUACUCGGACAUGGAUAGACUCCAUCAGAACUUGACAAGUCGUUAUAACAAAAACAUUCGACCCACGGAAAGCCUUAAAGAACCAACUCUUGUCGAAAUGGGAUUCUCCUUGAUACAUAUCAAGGAAUUCGAGGAAAAACCCAGCAGACUUGGUAUAAUUGGAAUGCUUAUGUUUGAGUGGCGGGAUUGUAACAUGGUGUGGGAUCACAGGAAGUAUGGAGGAAUUAAAACAUUUCUUAUUCCGCAGAAUGACGUGUGGAAACCGGAACUGUUUCUUGGUAAUGCCUUCAGUAGUAUCCAGCCACUCGGGUUCGACAGGUUAAAUAUUCGUGUGAGAUCGGACGGGAUGAUGUCAUGGAUCCCCGCCAAUGUUUACGAGACACCGUGCAAAGCAGACAUAACAUAUUACCCGUUUGACGAGCACACAUGCUCGCUAUAUUUCGUUCCAUGGAUGUACCUACCCAAAACAGAGCUGGUAUUGUACAAUAAAACGGCCAAACCUGACACGUAUAUGUAUUCCAAAAGCGGACAAUGGGAACUGAUAGACACAGGAAUUAGAGUAAACACCGGGGUCAGUAUCCAAGAGUUUAUAGUCACUAUAAAGUUUAGACGUCGUCCGCUGUUUAACAUAGUGAACAUCCUUAUACCGGCUAGUGUUAUAGGACUCCUUAUUACACUAGUGUUUCUACUUCCGGCAGAAUCCGGAGAGCGAGUCGGAUUUUCAAUCACAGUGUUGCUCGCUUUGACCGUAUUUCUCACUAUAGUGUCGGAAAGUUUACCGAACACAAGCGAUCCGAACAUUCCACGGAUUUCCUAUCUCCUGGCCGGAGACUUAGUCAUAAGUACGUUGGCUACUUUAUGUACCGUACUCGGGUUACGGCUGCACCACAAACCGGAAGCCAACAAGGUCCCCAUGUGGCUUCAGUAUUUCACAUGCGCAAUAUGUUGGUCCUGCAAAGUUUCUAGAAGAAAUAUUUCAAACUUGGAUCGUUCUCAAACUAAUUCCAGCGGAUUAAGUGAUAUUUAUCACAGGGGAAACUUCAAGGUUAAGGAAGACUACACUAGAAACGAUAAAGAACUUGACGAUUUAAAACAGAAAUCACCGAGAAGUACAACACGAGAGGACAUCUUGAUGACGAAUCAAACCGAGGUCAGUAGAUAUCAGAAAGACGCUGCACAUGAUGACGUCAUCAGAACUGAUACCGUUACAUGGAAACACAUCGCGUCGUUUUUUGAUGCUUUCUGCUUUGUGUUUUUUCUCCUCCUAGUGGUUAUUAAAAAUGUUUUCGCUCUUGCAGCAUAUAACGGAUACUAAUUAUUUGAUUCGGUAUUUUGGGAUUACCUAUAAUGUUCAUUUUGAUGUAUGGUUUGAAAUUGUGCUAUUUGAAACUUAAUUCAGAAUAGAAGUCGA